AUGGGUGGCCUGAUUGAGAUAUAUCUUGACAUCUCUUCGCUAUACAGCUACAUCGCGUUCCUGCAAGUGCUGAAGACGGAGGAUCUCCUCAAGCAGCACGACGUAGACAUAGAGAUCCACCCAGUCUUUCUCGCCGGUAUCAAUGCCGGCUCAGGCAACCAGCCGCCGUGGGUCCUCCCCGCCAAAGCGGCGCACGCGGGCUACGACUCGGCGCGGUCGCUCCGCGCCGUGGGCGUGCCGGCCGGCGCCGUCAGCCCGCCGGGGGACCUGAUGGAGGCGGGGCGGACGCAGCUGGCGCUGCGGGCGCUGGCGCGGGUGCGCGAGCGGCACGGCCGCGCGGCCUACCACGCCGCGUGGCGGCACCUGUUCGACGCCUUCUGGACGCGGCACGUGGCGCCGGCGACGCCCGCCGCGCUGGGCCGCGCGCUCGCCGCCGUCCCGCGCCCCGCCUGGCUCGCCGCCCACCCGGCCUACUACCCGUCGCUGACAGACGACGCCGCCGCCGAGCCCGCCGACUGGCACGCCGCGCCCCGCCCCGACGACCCCGCCCCCCUCUUCCCCCAGCCCGAGGUCGACGCCCUCGUCGCCGCCGCCGCCGCCGACCCCGCCCUCAAGGCCGCCCUCCGCCGCACCACCGAGCAGGCCCUCGCCCGCGGCGCCUUCGGCGCCCCCUGGUUCUGGGUCACGCGCCGCGGCCCCCCCGGCGGCGGCGACGACGAGGCUGCCGAGCCCUUCUUCGGCAGCGACCGCUGGGCCCACAUCUACGAGUUCCUCCGCCUGCCGUACCAGGAGCUCGCGCUGCUUCCGCCGUCGGGCGCGGCGAAGCUGUGAUGGGGGGGCUUGGGUUGGGUUUGGUGGGUUGAGGUUUGUCCGUU